UAACUUUACCCUGCCGUCCUCGAUCCACGUCUCGGGAAUCCAUUGAGCAUCCUAGCCCGGGCUAACACGUCGCAGACACGGCGGAUUGCUCGGUCUUCCUCCGCCUGUCAGACACCUUGAACCGUUCCCCCACACCUCUCGCGGCUACAUUAACAUUUCUAUCGGUUGAUACUCUCGAAGGGAGUCCGAAUGAAACGCCCAAGGACGGACGGACAGACAGACGGGCUCCGGGGCUGGCGGUGGCGGUCUGAGUACCGCAGCCUUGCGGUAGCGGUGUAGCCAGGCUAAAGGGGCUAAAAGCCGCGGUGUGGGACAAGUCAGCAAGAAAGACGGUUAACGGCCACGCUAACCCGGCGGCUAGCCUCGCACAGCGGACGGUUUAUUUUUGGCACGGCUGCUGGGGGCAACACAUGCCCAGUGUUUCCCCCACAUUGUCAGCAGCAGAGCUGUCAGUGCGGACGGAGCAAGCAGAUACAGCUAGUGUGGUGACGGCGGAGGGGGGAACUUGUAUCCCCAUUAGCAGCUGCCUGAGGAGGCUUCCACAAUAUUUAACUGCAAAACCAAACAAAGAGAAGCGACUGGUAAAUGCUAAGGCCCAGCUGAAAACAUGGACCUCAAUUUUUACUCGGAUUUAACAGACGGAACCGGUCAGCACGACGCUGAUCCAGAGUUCUUGGACCCGCAUGCCUUCAAUGGAUUUGACUCUGACAGCAAGUUCCCUGGCGGCAGCGAAAACUACCUGUCGAUUCCUGGGUCCGGCCAUCCCUUCCUCUCUUCCGCCGAGACGUUCCACACCCCCAGCCUCGGCGAUGAGGAAUUCGAGAUCCCGCCCAUCUCUCUGGACCCGGACUCGGCGCUCACCGUGUCCGACGUGGUGUCUCAUUUUGGCGAACUGUCGGACGCCGGCGGCUCAGACGGCGUGGUGGUACCGGGGAACGCCGUAGUGGAAGGGGACGACCCGUCCUUCGCUGCCCCCUACGUCGGCGCUCCCUCGCAGGGCUUGGAGCACCUGACCCUGGGGGUCAUGAACCAGUCGGGAGGAAGCGCUCUGCUGGGCUCCUCGUUGGGGAUGGAUCUGGGCCACCCCAUUGGGUCUCAGUUCAGCAGCUCAUCUCCGGUGACCAUAGACGUCCCGUUGGGUGACAUGGGCCAGGGGCUACUGGGGUCCAACCAGCUGACCACUAUCGACCAAUCAGAGCUGAGCGCUCAGCUGGGGCUCGGUCUAGGAGGAGGCAACAUGUUGCAGCGACCCCAAUCGCCCGAGAAUCCGUUGUCGGCAACGGCGUCGCCCACCAGCUCGCUGCAGGACGACGACAUGGACGACUUUAGACGGAGCGUGCUGGUCGAGUCUCCGGUGUCUCUGGCUGUUUCGCCCGGUGUCAUCUCACUCGACCCCUCCAUGUCGGAGUCCCCCGUCUCUGCGUCCACUUCCAGCGUCUCGUCGGCCGUCGGACGGAAAGGAGCAGCAGCAGCAGGUGGAGGAGGAGGAGGAGGAAAAAAGGGGAGGAAGAAGAAAGACCCCAACGAGCCUCAGAAACCCGUUUCGGCCUACGCUUUGUUCUUCAGGGACACGCAGGCGGCCAUUAAAGGCCAGAACCCCAACGCUACGUUCGGAGAAGUCUCUAAGAUUGUGGCGUCAAUGUGGGACAGUUUGGGAGAGGAACAAAAACAAGUUUACAAAAGGAAAAAUGAAGCCGCAAAGAAGGAGUACUUGAAAGCACUAUCAGAGUACAGAGCCAACAAGAACUCCCAGGCUCCCAUUGAAGUCAUGGAAAUCGAACCGUCGCCGCCGCCCGCUGCCCCCGCUCCUCCUCCGGUGGUCACACAAGCCUCCACUUCGAACCCGCGACCCUCCAGGUCCCAGCACUACAACCCCGAGGAGAACACCAUCACCAACAUCUGCACCUCCAACAUCAUCCUGGACCUGCCUCACGUCACCACGCGGUCCCGCACCGGCGCCAAGCCCCCGGCCCCGGCUCCGAGCCCCGCCCCCAACCCUCCCACCGUCACCAAGAUCAUCAUCAAGCAGAUGCCGCUUCCGUCUGGCGGCAUGUCCGUCACCAGCACCACCGCCUCCUCGCCGCGCCAGCCGCCCCCACUGCAGCAAAUGCAGAACACCCCGCCGCCGCCCAGACUGCAGCAGGCUCCUCCCCCUCUGCAAGCCAAACCUCGGGGUGGCGGCGCAGCCGCGGCCACCGCUCCGCCACCCCUGCAGAUCAAAGUGGUCCCCUCGUCGCGGCAGCAGGACUCGGGCACGCCCAUCAUAGUGACGGCAGCCGGCGACGCUGGCAACACGUUGACAUCCCCGUCGGGCGUGACGGUGGAGGUGGGGCAGCCGGACGCCGUGGUGAUGGCAGGGGAGGAGGUGGCGGAAGCGGAGGAAGGGAUGGAGGUGGAGGUGAACGUGACGCCGGGUCCGAGUGUGACCGCCGCGCAGGCCCCGAACAUCUGCGUGCGCGCCGGAUGCAACAAGCCGGCGGUGGAGAGCGAAGACUGGGACAAGGAGUACUGCAGCAACGAGUGUGUCGCCACACACUGCAGAGACGUGUUCAUGGCCUGGUGCGCCAUCCGAGGGUCAAACUCCACCACCGUCACAUAGAGAAUGGAAACGAUGCUACACAAACAGGACUAAAUACUACAAAUGAACUGCGAACAAAACACGUAUGACUGACUCGGGUGUCGGCUCGUAGGUGGUUUGUUGUUGUUUUUUUUUUUGUUUUUUUCUUACACUCGCAUCGUCUCGGGGACAAGAACAAAGACCUCACGGUGGCAGGAGGGUGGAAGUUGCCUCCGGUUUCCUGUUUGCAAGCACUGGAUUCGUUCACACAGACGGAUGGCUAACGCUGCUCCACGUAUUUCAUGUUGAUCAUGUAUUGUGAAUUGGAAAAAAAAAAAAGAGAAAAGAACUUGAUAAAACGAGGAACAUUUUAUAUGAACAUUGUGGUGUUUUUAAUUAUUUUCAAGAAAAGAAAACAUAAGGAAAAUGACAUGUAGAGGUGGGGGGGGGGACCUGCUGAUGCAUUUGUUUUAUUCAUCUGUGCUCUUCCCUUUACUGUUACAAGGACGACGCAUCAUUGUGAACGAAUUCUGGGAGUUAUGGACGAUUCGGUUUUCUUUGUUAUCUGUGCUAAUGUAGACGUUUGGGGAACCGACAACCAGUCCAAGCACAAACCAUCUCAAGAUCGUGCAAGAAGGAGUUAAACAUGGCGGGUGAAAAGGGAACCUGCCAGAAAUGGGAUUUUGUCAAACGCAUUUUUAAAAGACACUUUUUGACCAACUUUCCAUAAGUGAACGGCUGCUGGUCAGAAACACAAAACGGGUGCUAACGUCUGCUUCCCCCUGUACAUUUGAGCUUCUGGAACAUGUGCUGCGUAGUUUGCAUAUAAAGAUUUGUGAUCAUUUCUGGAUGGAAUUAGGAAAACCAGUAUGAAAUAAACACACCAGCUCUAACAGCAGCGUUUGCUGUAAAGGGA